AUUUCUCUCCCGUCUUUUGUUUACUCCCCUCUGCUCCUCUUCACCUCGUGCUCUUUUACGGUGAAUCACCGCCUUAGCCUGCACUGCUCCGUUUUGCCUUAUCUUGGUCCAGCAGAAGGCCAGGAAAGGAACCGGUAGUAGAGAAACAUGAAGAGUUGUAGAUUUUCAACUCCUGAUUUAAGAACUGAUCUGAUGGUGAUGACAAGGAGUUUGCCAAACAACUGCAAAGCUGAUGAUUCUGUCAAAAAGCAUAUAGAGAAACCAGCCAAAGGUAAGAAGAAGAGGAACAAGGGUAAAAAGGGGAACAAACCCUAUCGAAUUGGUGAUACAGUGAAUCUGAAGGACCUUCUCUUCACUCAAGAGAGAGACUAUCUAAUCAAAUACAAGGAUGUACAGAUAAAAAAGGAGCAACUGGUUGGCAAGGUUAUUGUUCUACACUUCGUGUCACUGGUAAAAGGGCAUGACAAUUUGAUACCAGAUCCGGAUUUAAUAGAUAUAUACAAAAAGUUAGAGCCGAAAGGUGGCUUUGAGGUUGUCUUUGUUGCAGUUGGGGAUGGUCUUACUUGCCUUGACACACGAGAAUCGACAUCAACAUAUUCUACUCCUCAACAAUGUUUUGAAGAAAUAUUUUCUACAAUGCCAUGGACUGCCAUCCCAUUCUCAGAUUUAAAAUCCAGGAACCGGCUAGAAAAAUUGUUUUGUAUAGUCAGCGAUACCCGUCUGGAAAUGGAGCCCAUCUCAUUUGUCAUUGACUCUAGAGGGGUGGUUUUGCAAGCUGAUGCUACCCAAGUGUUUUCAAUGUAUGGAUCUGCUGGUUAUCCUUUCACCAAACAAAGGCUAAAGUGCCUUGAUCAUGAAGAUUAUGUUACCAUGGAGCAGCUUUCUGUUAGUACACUCUUGGCCUCUCCUCAACGUGAUUAUGUGAUCACCAACAAAGGAGACCAGGUACCUCUACAUAAGCUUGAAGAUAAGGUGGUAGCCUUAUAUUUUUUUACAGAUAUUUCGAACGUACGCAUCACAUCAAAACUUAAGUUGGCAUACAAAGAGUUGUGUGAAAAAAUGGAAGCUUUCGAGGUUGUGCUCAUUAAUUUACUUUCUAUCUCGUCUGAUACAUGUGAAGAUACAUUCUGGAAAACAUUUGAGGCAAUGCCUUGGUUGGCGAUCCCAUCUAAAGACACAGAUUGUUGUAAGAAGUUGCUGAGGAUCUUUGACAGUACCAUAUGUGAUCCUGGGCCUUAUCCUGUUUCAAAGCUGGUGAUUAUUGGACCCCGUGGAAAAUUCAUUGAACCGUGUGGUGCUAACAUCUUGUGUUGUUAUGGUAUUCCAGCAUACCCGUUCACUCGCUUUAGUGCUGUCAAUUUAAAAAUUGAAAAGGUUAAGGAUGUGAAACCAGAGAUGUUUUGGAAUCUAGAUGCCAUCUUCAGACAACAAAAUGGUUCCGAGGUUCAAUUCUCACAAAUUGUUGGAAAGAGAAUCAUAGUAUUAUUUCAACUUUUUAAUGAUAUACCAGAACAAACAUUGAAGAAGCUAAUAGCAUUGUACAACCAGAUGAAGGGUACAGACGAUGAAUUUGAGGUGAUCCACAUCCGUGAAGAGUCGAAGUGGGGGCAUGUUGGAGCAGUUAUCCCAUGGUUAAUGCAUCCACCUUUUAGUAAUGCCUCGGAUGCUGGCAAAGUCAUGCGUCGUCUUUUUUAUUAUGGUGAAAAUGGGCUUGUUGCAUUCGAUCGUGACGGAAGAAUUGUCAGAAUGACAAGACGCCUUGCAGUUGGGAAGACGGUCUUUCCCUUUUUUGAUGCUGAAAAGAUGGAAGAUGAGGUCCUGCAGGAUAUGCAAGAAGAUUUAUAUGAACCUUUAGAAACCCUUUUAUGUUGCUGUUGGUGAUUUGGAGAAGGAUUUUUUCACAUUUUACUGUAUCCGUUUGAUAGCUAUGAAUUAAUAAUACCUAAUGGAAUAAGGUCUGUUAA